UCUCAUCUACCUCCAUUCACAUCACAAGGAGGGAGGCACAACCACAAAUACUAAAUCACAGUCCUUUUCUUUAAAUGUAGAAUGCAUUCUAUUCCUUCCUCUUCUAUGGCUUCCUCUUCCACCUUUCACAACAUGAGAAGUUCUUGCAGCUAUGAAAUUGAGCCAAUGAGAGUAGGACUGCUGUUUCAAGCUCUACUGCUCUUUCUUCUUAACUUCUUCAAUUCUACAAACUCUGAUAAUUUUGGGUUCACUUUCUCAGGCUUCCAUAGGUCAAAUUUGAGCUUGAAUGGUGAUGCAGAGAUAAUACAGAGUGGAGCACUACAAUUGACAGACAAUUCUCUUCAAGUAAUUGGGCAUGCUUUCUAUCCUCACCCUAUAAGGUUCAAGAACACCUCAUCAGGCAAGGUUUCUUCUUUCUCCACUUAUUUUGUGUUUGCCAUUACUGGGCCGAUCUUCACCCCUGCUGCAGGCCUCGCUUUUGUGAUUUCCCCUUCGACCCAGUUUCCAGGAGCCAGGUAUGCCCAAUAUUUUGGCCUCUUUUAUAAAUCAAGCAAUGGCGACCCUCAAAACCAUGUCUUUGCAGUAGAAUUCGACACAGUUCAAAAUGUGGAGUUCGAUGACAAGAACGGCCAACAUGUAGGUAUUGAUCUUAAUAGCUUGACAUCCAAUGCGUCUGAGCUUUCAGCUUAUUACACAGAAGAAGGUCAUAACACACUUAAACAUGCAUUGGAUCUCACAAGUGAAGAGCCAAUUCAAGCAUGGAUAGAGUAUGAUGGAGUGGAGAAGUUGCUCAAUGUGACGUUAUCUCCUCUAGUGAUAUUGGAAGAAAUGGUCGAGAUUGAUCUCACUAUGAUCCUGCAAGAGUUCAUGUAUGUGGGUUUCUCUUCUAGCACGGGAAAUUGGUCCAGCUGCCAUUACAUUCUAGGCUGGAGCUCCAGAAUGAAUGACAGACCUCAAGAUUUAGAUCUCCGUCUUCUUCCUUCAUAUCCCAAGACUAGUAAAUCAUCAACAAGAGGGGACAAAGAGCUCAUAGGCAUCGGAGGCUUUGGCAAGCUUUACAAAGGAGUGUUGCAAACCUCAGGCUUACAAGUUGCAGUGAAGAGACUUGCAAACGAAUCAGAUCAAAGGCUGAAAGAAUUUUUAACUGAGAUCUCCAGCAUAGGGAAACUGCGCCAUAGGAAUCUAGUGCAACUCCAUGGAUGGUGCAAACAAAACGGUGAGUUCCUCAUAGUCUAUGACUACAUGCCAAAUGGAAGCCUAGACAAGCUCCUGUUUGAUGUUACUGGCCCAAUUUUGAGGUGGGAGCAACGACACAACAUCCUCGAGGGCGUGGCUUCCGCAUUAGUAUACCUUCAUGAACAGUGGGAACAAGUAAUUAUACAUAGAGAUGUGAAAGCCAGCAACGUAUUAUUAGACGCAGAUAUGAAUGGAAGGUUAGGGGACUUUGGCCUUGCUAGGCUAUAUGAGCAUGGUGACACUUCACAAACAACUCGAGUGGUUGGGACAUUAGGUUACAUGGCACCAGAGCUUGCUCGAAUCGGAAGAGCCACGACUGAGUCAGAUGUCUUCUCAUAUGGCGCACUUUUGUUAGAGGUGGCGUGUGGUCGUAAGCCUAUUGAGGUGCAAAGCUCUCCUCAGAAACUUGUGCUUGUUGAUUGGGUUUGGAAAUGCUUCAAGGCAGGAAGGAUCUUGGAUGUGUGUGAUCCUAGGCUUGGUGGUUGCUAUGUGGUAGAGGAGAUGGUAAUGGUGCUCAAGUUGGGCUUGUUGUGCUCACACCCAUUGCCUAGUUCUAGGCCAACCAUGAGGCAGGUUUUGCAAUAUUUAGGUGGAGACACUACCUUUCCUGACCCUUCUCCUAAUGAUAUGGUGGUGAGAAGCAAAGAAAUUGAUGAUGACUAUUUUUACUCAAAUCUUUCUUUCCAUGAUGAGUUCUCUGCUAGUUCAUCUGCAUGUGCUGAAAUUCUACUAUCUGGUGGCCGUUGAUGCAUCAUAUUCAAUCCACACUAUUUGCUGCCUCUUCCUUGUCCUAUACUUUCUUUUUUUUUCCUUUUUUCCCCCUUUUGUUGGUUGUGGUUGAAAUAUCCACUAGUUUUAUUACUUAGUUCAUAAGAAGGAUUGUCCUUGUUGUUCAAUUUUUAUGUAGCAAUGAAUGGACCAUUGGCAUC